GCAGCGCUGAGGUCGAGGGGAGGAGAGAAGCAUGGCUGCCUUUCUCAGAGGCUCUCGGAGUGUUUUACAGAAGCCUAACAGGCAUGUCGACCUCAUGCUGGUAUUCUGUAGAACUAUGGCCUCUAAAACUCCAGUGGGUUUCAUUGGCCUGGGUAAUAUGGGCACACCCAUGGCUAAGAACUUGCUGAAGAAUGGAUAUCCAGUCAUUGCCACGGACGCUUUCCCAGAGUCCUGUAAAGAGCUACAGGACUCAGGAGCACAGAUUCUGGAUUCUCCAGCUGAGGUAGCAGAGAAGGCUGACCGCAUCAUAACUAUGCUUCCAUCGAGUCCUAAUGUCAUUGAAGUUUAUACUGGAUCAAAUGGUAUACUCAAGAAAAUUAAGAAGGGCACACUGCUCAUUGACUCAAGCACCAUAGACCCCGCUGUCUCUAAGGAAAUGGCCGUGGCUGCAGAAAAGAUGGGCGCAGUGUUCAUGGAUGCUCCAGUUUCAGGAGGUGUUGGUGCUGCAAGUUUGGCUAAACUCACAUUCUUGGUGGGUGGAGUGGAAGAGGAGUUUAAUGCUGCUCAGGAGCUGCUCACUUGUAUGGGAGCUAAUGUUGUUUACUGUGGCCAAGUAGGGUCUGGACAGGCUGCAAAAAUUUGCAACAUCAUGCUGCUUGCUAUUGGAAUGAUUGGCACAGCAGAGACAAUGAAUCUUGGAAUCAGGCUGGGCUUGGAUCCGAAGCUGCUGGCUAAAAUUCUGAAUAUGAGUUCCGGUCGUUGCUGGUCCAGUGACUCUUAUAACCCUGUCCCCAGCGUGAUGGAAGGUGUACCCUCUGCCAACAACUACCAGGGAGGCUUCAGCACCACGCUAAUGGCUAAGGACCUGGGUUUAGCCCAGAACACUGCAACCAACACUCGGACUCCAGUUCUUCUUGGUUCACUGGCUCACCAGGUCUACCGCACCAUGUGUGCUCGCGGCUAUGCUAACAAAGACUUUUCCUCCAUUUUCCAAUUCCUACGAGAGGAGGAGGGACAAUAAAUCGGGUCCCACUGGUCAAAGUGGACUUGGCUCAUGCUGCAAAUGGGAGCAGUCAUCGUUGUGAUUGACCAGUUUAGUAUUGAUAUACAUGUUAGUGUCCAAAGAUAAAGUUUUGUUAAAGCUAAGAGAGUUGUUUCUGCAUUGUUUAGUAGUCAAAGAAUGGUGCUGAUGACUAUGAUGAAUAUUCUGCAGGUCUGUGUUUUUAAAGGUACUCUCCCACCUUUGAUCCUAUGCAUUUAGAUUUAAAUAUGUAUCUGUGAUUUCAUUUUGUCCUCUUGGGGCAAGAUGAUGUUGUUGGCCAUUCUGAAUGGCCACUUUUGACCUUUAGUCAACUGUAUCUGUUUACAAUUUACUGACUUUUACCUCUUCAAUUUUACUGGAGGAGGCAAUCCUACUUUGCCCCCAUUGGAUAGAUGCAUUGAGGGCUUUCCUUUCUGAGCCAUAAGUACUACCUUCUCUUGCACACUGUUCAGCUCAGGUUACUGAGCAACCAAAUGGAGCUGUAUUAUAUACCUCGUUAUGAUCCGUUUUAAUCUGGCAGAUUCCUGACUGUUUAACAAACAUAUGCAUGUGUUACAUUUCUAAGAAUUCUCAGAUUAUCUGCUGUAUUACAUACCACAACGUAUUAUACACUAAAGUUACUCUCUCUCUCUCUCUCUCUCUCUCUCUCGCUCUCGCUCUCGCUCUCGCUCUCGCUCUCACUCUCCCCUUUAACUCCCCUAGACCAUGGCCAGUAGUGUAGUACGGUAUUUGUACAGUACUGCUGUGCAAAAGUCAGAGAACAGCCUUCUUAUUUAAUUUCCAUUCAAAAUGGCUAUUAAGCACAACUUAUUCAUUUAUCAGGAUCAGAACAAAAAAACACUUUAACAAAACUUAUACAGAAGCCUCAACAAAUAUUUUUUUUUCCGGGUUUUAAUGAAUCCAUGGUUUGCCUUUAUUAUAGAUUUCAUUCUUUUUGGGAGACCUGCUUUCAGUUUUUCAAAGAACUAGAGAUUUUUCCACCCCUCCAAAGUUCAGUCUUAGACGUUUGUUGCAUGGUCUGCUUCUCACAGUCCAAGUAAUUGAAACACAUUCAGUGAUGUUGUGGUCUGGACUCUGGUGUAGUCAGUCCAUUUUUCUGAGACCAGCAGGCUCUUUAUUUGAUUUGCCUUUUUUUUUUUUUUUUGUCCAUUUCUGUUUCUCAGUAACAGCUUCUUGA